GCAAAACCGAUUUAUUUCUACUUCCGGUGCGUUGUGUUCUCGCGUUUCCAGAGGCCGGAGGCGGGGGUGGGGUUCUCGUGCUCUCGCGAGAGGCGGGAAAGAGCGCAGGGUUUGAAAGAUGGCGGACGACGUGGACCAGCAACAAACGACCAACACUGUGGAAGAGCCCCUGGAUCUCAUCCGGCUCAGCCUGGACGAGCGCAUCUACGUGAAGAUGAGAAAUGACAGAGAGCUUCGAGGCAGGUUACAUGCUUAUGAUCAGCAUUUAAAUAUGAUAUUGGGAGAUGUGGAAGAAACUGUGACAACUAUAGAAAUUGAUGAAGAAACAUACGAAGAGAUAUAUAAAGAAAAGAAACACUCAGGAGAUGGUUCUUUGUGUCACAAAGUCAACAAAACGGAACAUUCCGAUGCUCUUUGUACGGGGAGAUGGCGUUGUGCUAGUUGCCCCGCCAUUGAGAGUUGGCUGAAACAGAGAAUUUAUCCUGUGUAGAAGAUGGGCUAUACUGUGUGAUUGCGUCUUUGAAUGUGGAAGAUAUUCAAAAGAGAGACCGAUGUACAUCUUGAUACUAAGAAAUAACCAAGAAUUCUUCCACUCCUGACAUAAGUUGAUUUGUAGAUAACUCACAAGUUCUUCAGCUAAACGGCAUUUUUAUUUUUCUCCAACCCUUCCAAUAAAUGUGAUCGCCGUGAUACAGAGCUUUUUCAAGAAUUGAUUUGCUCCAUUGUUUUUCUGGACAAUUUCUAGGUUUCUGCCUUUAAAUUAAAUGUGUCGUUUCCUUUUUUGGUUUUUAA